AUGCCAAACAAGUUCUGUAGAAAAUAUGGUGGAGAUAUGCCAAAUCCAGUGAAACUCCAGCCUCCACUUGAAUGGAGAAUAGAUUGGACUAAUCGUGAUGGUGAGAUUUUGUUUGACAAGGGUUGGAAAGAGUUUGCUACAUUUUACACUUUGGAGAAUGGUCAUGUGUUGUGGUUUGAGUACAACGGAACUUCUAACAUCAAAGUAAACAUAUUCGACAUGACUGCCCUCGAAAUUGAUUAUCCUUCCAAUGGUCGAAUCGGUGAUGACAACUCGGUUGAGAUUUUGGAUGAACCGCCGCCACGAAGGGACCGAGGCCGGCCGAAGAAAAAAGUGAUAGCAGAACCAAAGCAAUCACGUGCUUCUACAAGCAAAAAAAUGAAAAGUGCUAUCAAAACUAAAGAUAAAGAUAAAAAUUCCAAUACACAAAACUUGAAGCUGCAUGUCGAGAAUGAAAAAGAUGUUAUUAGAGAAGCAAAGAAGUUCAAGUCGAAAAAUCCUUCUUUUGUCAUCAAGAUUAAGCAAAAGCAACAAACAGGAUCACCGGCAAAUCUUCCAGUUUGUUUCUUCAGAAUGUACUUCGAGAACACGAAGCAGUAUGCAAUUCUACGAGUUGGAAAGAAGCAGUGGCAUGCAACAUUGAUCUAUUAUCCAGAUAGGAAGAAUGCCCUUAUCUCUAACUGGCGCUUGUUCGUUAAAGAAAAUAACUUAAAAGCCGGAAAUGUUUGCAUCUUUGAGCUCAUUAACAGACAAGAUCCAGAACUUAAGGUUCAUAUUCGUCGAAGCCAUGAUUAG